GUUUGGUAAAACUACAUCAUAGUAGGAUCGUCACACCAUACUCACGAUAUAAUGAUCUCACGAUUUCUAAAUAUAAGUAUCCAUUGCGGCAAGCUGUUAUUAAAUUGUGAGAUUAAUGGUGAGCGACAGGGAGUAUGUCCCGGCCUGCAGUCAUUCGGCGGCUAAAUAUGCUUAUGGAUCAAUCUUUCUGGUUAUAAGUAUACUGUCUUGGAUUCUUCGCGGUACGGAAUUCGGUUAUUCUUCUUUGAACGGAAUGCGAAGGCUAAAACAAUGUAAUGGUAAAGCAGAUUGUUUGGAGGCACAAGGAGUCUUUAGAAUGAGUUUCGGAUGUUUUAUGUUCUUCUUUGUUAUGUUUGUCUCCACGGUAGGCACUUCAGAGAAGGAUAGCUGUAGGGGAAGGUGGCACUCAGGGAGCAUAGGAAUCUGGAUUUCGAAGUUUGUGUUGAUUUGUCUCCUGAUUUUCAUUUCAUUUUUUCUCCCGCCAGAGAUGAUUUCAAUCUACGGAGGGUUUGCAUAUGCCGGAGCUUGGUUCUUUUUAAUAUUCCAGUCUAUUAGCAUAAUGAGUUUCAUCAAUAAGAUACAUAAGUGGUGCCACCCUGAAAAAGAUGACGAAGACAAAAGUAAAAAGUAUUGGUUCUUGCUUAUUUUUGCCAAUAUUAUGAUAUGGGUCCCCAUAAUCUUUAUGUUCUAUUGGUAUGUGAUACGCACGUUUUGCAAGGCUAACUUUCUCAUUAUCUUCGGAACGGUCACACUCAUCGGAGGGAUGUAUAGUCUGUCUCUUCUUCCCGGUGCGAAAGCUGUUUCUUUGCGUUCGAGUUUAAUGGGAACAUAUGUUUUAUUCCUCUGUGGGUCAGCAAUAAAAAGUGAACCUCCGGUUGACAAAUGUGCGGGAUGGGGAGGAUCUGAUACGUCUAAAGUUGAUGCGCUCACCAUCAUAGGCUUUCUGGUGGCUUUCGGUGCAAUGGUGUUUGCAGUGUACUCAACAGGCAUCGAUUCCGAAUCAUUCAGGGUCAUAACAAAACAUAUACCAUGCAUACCUCAGAACAAAUAUGAUUAUGAUGAUGAUGAUGUUCCAUAUGGCUAUGGAUUCUUUCACCUUGUUUUUGCCACAGCCUCCAUGUAUUCGGCAAUGCUAUUUGUCAAUUGGAAUAUCCAUCACCCUUCGGAUAAAAAGUUUGCAAUUGAUUCUGGAUGGACUAGUACUUGGAUGAAGAUAGCAAAUGAGGUUUUUACAGCGAUUGUAUACGCAAUCGUUCUCUUUGCUGACAUUCGUGCUGGUGAUGGUUGAUUAUUUGUAAGUGGUGUUGUAUUUCAAGGAGGUAAUCUAAAUGACGUACAUUAUUCGAGAUGAAAGGGAAGCAAACGAUUUGCUCUAGACAAUAUAUAUAUGCUUUUUGGUUCAUUUAAUUUUUAGGGGGCGUCCUCAAACUUUAUGGAUAUGACAAUGUUCUUUUACCAUAUGGCCGGCGCGGCGUGAAAGUUUCUUCAUAACUUUUUCAAUGUCGAGCAAAUGAAUUCAUAUACAGAUCUAUUGAGUUUGAUAGUUAAUUCUUUCUUACAUGCAAGAUAGAUAAACGAAUGUGCUUUGAAAAAAAUAGAUGAAUGGUAGGAUAACUAGUUGUGUUUUAUGCAUUUCAAUAUGUAUUCUUUGUUGAUUAUUUCAAUACAUGAGAAUCAAGAUCUACACAUCACAAAACAUAUUAAAAUUAUAAUCAUAUACAAGUUCAAUAAACUUACAUGAUGGGAAACCAAUCUUUGGUAGACCAUGAUUAGAUGAUGAAAAGCCAUUGUUGUCCUUGUGAUGAACGGAUGUGUAAUCCCUUUUAGGACAAUAAUAGAUGGAGUGAAAUUUAGAGAGUUGUGAUUUCUCUCUCAACUUUAUGGUGUUUGAAUAAUGCAUGUGUAUG